AUGCCAGAUACGACCCGAAGCUCGCCAAAUGGCUGCAAGGCGCUGUCAUGGCUGCGGCGCCGCGGCCCGCCGCUGCCAGAGUCUGCCCUGCACAAGCUGUUCCGGGUCUCCACUGUGCGCCUGUAUGACCCCGCCACCCAGCGAAUCCACAGUCGCCCCUCCAGCAGACAGCAGCCGGGCAACGACGGCGCCGGCAGCACAACCAGCGGCAGCACUGGCGGCAGGAGCAGCGGCGACACCUCUUUGGCGGCCGCUCGGGCGUCGCCGUCCCGGCAGCGCGCCUCUGAGCGCUGGGCUGCCCGCCUGCGGUCGUGCCUGCUCCACAGCGACCCCGACCUGCUGGCUGUGUGCAAGCCGGCGGGUCUGGCGUGCCAGGGUGGCAGUGGCGUGUCGCACAGCGUGGACAGCGUGAUGGCCGCCGCCUUUGCGCACCUGCCCGGCCCAGCCAGCCACCACCUGCGCCUGGUGCACCGCCUGGACAGGCAGACCACGGGUGCGCUGCUGCUGGCCAGGGGGCCCGACGCCGCCGCCUGGCUGGCAGCGGCGUUCCAGGAGAGCAGCGGCGGCGGCAGCAGCGGCGGCGGACGAGGCGACAGCAGCAGCGGCGCCAUCAUCCGCAAGCAGUACUGGGCGGUGGUGGCGCUGCCCGAGGGCGGCGCUGCCCACAGGCUGCCCGCGGCCGGCGCCAUCAGCCUGCCCGUGCCCGGCGGCAGGGGUGGCGUCGCGGCGGCGCAGCCCGCUCCGACGCGCUACCGAGUGCUGCACCGCGGCGGGGGCCUGGCGUGGCUGGAGCUGGCGCCUGCCACGGGGCGCAAGCACCAGCUGCGCCUGCACUGCGCCCAGGGGCUGGGGGCUGCCAUCCUGGGAGAUGGGCGCCUGGCGGUGCGCAAGCCCGGCGCGGGGCGGGGGCAGGUGGUGGCGACGGCGCCGCUGCCGGCCAGCUGGCGGGCGCUGCUGGAGCACCAGGGCUGGCCGCUGCCCGAUCCCGACUGA